AUUUAUUGCCUGAAUGGUUGUUAUAAUCGGUUGUAUUUCAGAAAGAUAUGGGGAACCAGAUCACUAAAGAUGAAAAAAACACAAUUCUUCGGCAGAUAAAACCUAAUACGCAAUGGGAUGGCAAAGUGGACAGAUGCCCGUUUUCGAAGCAGGUGAAAAACUAUGAGGAUAGUUUGUGCUAUCAAGAUACAUUACAUCACCGAGCUGUCAAGAAGCAGACUUGUACCUCUAAUGUUUGUGAGGGCUCGAUUAUGACUCCAAAGUCUCUAAUGAGAUGGCCCUCCCCUACUACACCAGGCUCCAAUGACAUCCUCAUGCAAGCUAUUGACUUCAUCAAUCAGUAUAACAAGUCCAUUAAAAACACAAAAGUUGAGGAGCACCUGGCUCGUGUGGAGGAGGUUUGUACAGAAAUAGAUGCCACUGGAUCAUAUCAACUCACCACAAAGGAACUGGAAUUUGGGGCUAAACAAGCAUGGAGGAAUGCACCAAGAUGCAUCGGCAGAAUUCAGUGGACUAAUUUGCAGGUGUUUGAUGCACGUAAAUGCAAAACUGCAGCAGAUAUGUUUCAGGUGCUGUGUGAUCACAUUCAGUUUGCCACCAAUGGAGGCAACCUGAGGUCUGCCAUCACCAUUUUCCCUCAGAGAACCGAUGGCCAACAUGAUUUCCGUGUGUGGAAUACUCAGCUUAUAAGAUACGCAGGCUAUAAGAUGGUGGACGGCACAAUAAUAGGAGAUCCUGACAGUGUUGAUUUCACAGAGAUUUGCAUCCAGCUUGGAUGGACGCCAAAGUACGGUCUGUUUGAUGUGCUUCCACUAUUGCUACAAACCAAUGGAGAGGACCCUAAGCUUUUUGAAAUUCCCCAACAUUUGAUUUUGGAAGUUCCCAUGGAGCACCCACAAUAUAAAUGGUUUCGAGAUUUGAACCUCCGCUGGUAUGCAUUGCCUGCCGUGUCCAGCAUGUUAAUUGAGAUUGGUGGUCUUGAAUUCCCAGCGUGUCCUUUCAAUGGGUGGUACAUGGGAACUGAGAUUGGAGUGAGGGACUUUUGUGAUUCCAAACGCUACAAUGUUCUUGAGCAAGUUGGUCGUAGAAUGGGCUUGGAGACGCAAAAACUCUCCUCACUAUGGAAAGAUCAGGCCCUUGUUGCCAUCAAUGUUGCAGUGAUGCACAGUUUUCAGAAGAAUAAGGUCACCAUCACUGACCACCAUUCCGCAUCAGAGUCCUUCAUGAAGCACAUGGAGAUGGAGGUGCGACUGCGUGGAGGCUGUCCGGCAGAUUGGAUUUGGCUGGUGCCUCCAAUGUCUGGCGCUUUAACCCCUGUGUUCCAUCAGGAAAUGCUAAACUACAUUCUGUCACCAUUUUUUUAUUACCAGCCUGAACCAUGGUUGACUCACAAGUGGAAGAACAAGAGAAAAAAAGAAAGAAGGCACAGAGUCAGCUUUAGAGGCUUGAUACGAGCUGUGCUCUUCUCUCAGAUGCUCAUCAAAUCAGCCCUGGCCAAGCGGGUGUGCUGCACUGUCCUGUACGCCACAGAAACGGGGAAAUCUUUGACCUUUGCUAAGAAGCUCAAUUGUAUGCUGAACUGUGCCUUUAACUCCAGACUUGUUUGCAUGGAGGACUACAACAUCAGUGAAUUUGAGAAGGAAAGUCUUGUAAUGGUGGUCACCAGCACCUUUGGCAAUGGAGACUGUCCAGGCAAUGGAGAGAGUUUUAAGAAACAUCUUUUCAGUUUAAACAACCUAAGAAACAAACUCAGGUACUGUGUGUUUGGUCUCGGCUCUCGAAUGUACCCACAGUUCUGUGCGUUUGCUCAUGCCGUGGACAGAAAGCUUGCAGCGUUAGGGGCUCUUCGAGUGUCGCCCACUGGAGAAGGAGAUGAACUGAAAGGACAGGACGAACAUUUCUCAGCCUGGGCUUGCGCUGCUUUUAAGGAUGUGUGCUGGGAGUUUAACAUUGAAGGACAUCUUCCUGAAACUGAUCAACGGGCAGACUGUUGGGAUCCUCUGAAACACAGAGUUCAAAAUGACACUUGCACACUUGACAGAGUUGCAGCUUUGUCAGCUCUUCAUUCUAAAAGUGUGGUUCCUAUGAGGCUGAAGAGAAAACAGAAUUUACAAAGCCCACAGUCCAGUCGUGUCACAAUAUUGGUGGAGUUGGAGAAGGAUGGGAACACAGACCACUUAAACUUUGUCCCUGGAGAUCACGUGGGGAUUUUUCCAGCGAACACACCUGAGCUGGUGUCUGGCAUCCUCAAGCAUCUCUCCAAUGCCCCUCCAAUCAACCAAAGCCUGCGCUUGGAAUUCCUCAGUGAUUCGUACCCUGAUGGUGAAAAGUGGCACAGAGAUGAACGAAUACCACCGUGUACUCUUGCCCAGGCUCUUACGUAUCUUCUGGAUGUCACCACCCCACCCUCACAGAACCUCCUCCGCAAGCUCUCUAAGAUGACAAGACAGCUAGACCAAGGACAGCACCUGCUAACACUAGCAACAGACUUCCCAAUGUAUUUAACAUGGAAGGAGUUUCGCAAACCAACAUUUCUCGAAGUGCUGGAGGAGUUUCCCUCUUUGGAACUGAAUGCUGCCUUUCUCCUGAGCCAGCUACCUCUGCUGAGGCCACGCCUCUACUCCGCAAGCUCCUCCCGUGACCUCCACCCUCAUGAACUUCACCUCACAGUGGCUGUUGUUAGCUAUUACACACAAGAGGGAAAGGGUCCACUUCAUUUUGGUCAUUGCAGUACCUGGCUUAAUACCAUCAAAGAAGGAGACAUGGUGCCCUGUUUCAUCCAAAGAUCAGAUGGAUUCCAUCUCCCGUCUGACACCAGUGCUCCCUGUAUCCUUGUAGGUGCUGGGAGUGGCAUUGCCCCCUUCAGAAGUUUCUGGCAACAACAGUACAGUGACAUGAAAAAAAUAGGUGUAAAGGGGAAUCCUAUGACACUCGUGUUCGGUUGUCGAGGUUCAGACUUGGAUCACCUUUAUAAAGACGAGACCCUGGACAUGCAAGAUAAUGGCACUCUGGAUAUUAUUGCCACGGCUUACUCUCGGCAGGCUGGACAACCCAAGGUUUAUGUUCAGGAUGUCCUGCGGGAACAAUUAAAUGACAAGGUCUUUGAUGUCCUGCACCAGAGUCAAGGUCAUCUCUACAUCUGUGGAGGUUUGAACAUGGCCCGUGAUGUGGCUUCAACGGUUCGAGAAAUCCUGGUCAGCCGGUUGGGCAUAAGUUUUACUGUGGCUGAAGAAUAUCUGUUAAGGAUGAAGAAUGAGAAGCGCUACCAUGAGGAAAUAUUUGGAUCGUAGUGCUGCUAAACCAUUAAACCAAACACAACAAGUACAUGACGAAAACACAAAACAACCAAGGGGAGUGGGGAACAGAACACAUGCUUUUCACGUAUUUGAUUUUCAUAACUUAGAAACACAAAUACAAACCGUAUUAUAAUAUUGUAUAUAUAAGACGCAGAUGCCAAAAACCAAAACAACAAGCAUGAUACUUAUAGGUUAGAUAUUUUUGGGCCUCGGUAUACAGUAAAUAUUAGGCUAACGUUACCUCUAUUCAAUAUGAAUGAUUAUGUUAAAGUCACCAUGAAAUGGAAGUUGCGAUUGACUUCUUUUCCAUAUCCUGACCUAUAUCCAAGUGAAACAGGUUCUGAAAUUAGAAAAAGGUCAAAGGUGGGGCUUUAUUGGUUGGUUUGUUAUAAAUUAGGCCAACGCUAAAAAUGCCUGGACAGUGGACAGUCAGUAUAGUUCUCCCUCUUUUUUGUUUCUUACGUCAUGUGGUGAAGAGUUGUUGUUGUUAGGGGGAGAGGAGCUUUAUGUUUUUGAUUAAAGAUUACAAGUGCAAAUUAAUGUUUAAAAAUAAUGCUGUGUAUGUACGAAUCAUUUAUAAAAAUCCCUGCAACACUGUAAGGCACUUAAAAAAAUCUUGUUUGAUUUCAUGGCGACUUUAAAUAGCCUAACUGUAAUUCUUACAGUGUUACAUAAAUGAAGAGUUCAUAU